AUGUAUAGGUCAGCAAGUAGUUCUCGAGCCUCCUCCCAUGAGUUUUUGGUCAACUUGGCACCAGCUUCUGAUGUUUCUUCUCUUACAGCUACAGCUUUCACUGAGUUGCCAACGUAUGGUCCCAUUUCUGUUGUGACCAAGAAGGAUCUUGCUUUGCAUCACAAAUCCAUGGGAGAAAAAGCCAUUCACCUCAUCCCGGUAGUUCUGGUUAUAUGUGCUUUGACUCUUUGGAUUUUUUCUUAUCCGGAUAAACUGUAA